CCCAAAUGGUGGAGACUUAAACCCUAAGGCCCAAUUAGGGGUUACUAUAUAUAAGAAAACCCUAGCCUUCAGUCUCGGCAGUCGGCAGCUAGGAAGGGAGAUCGCAGAAGAAGCCGAAGCAGUAGCAGCCAUGGUGAAGUAUUCCCAGGAGCCCAACAACAUUACCAAGUCCUGCAAAGCCAGAGGCAGCGAUCUCCGAGUUCAUUUCAAGAACACAAGGGAGACUGCCCAUGCACUUCGCAAGAUGCCAUUGGUCAAGGCCAAAAUGUAUCUGGAUGAUGUUCUGGCCCAUAAGCAGGCUAUUCCAUUCACUCGCUUCUGUCGUGGAGUAGGGCGAACUGCUCAGGCCAAGAAUCGCCAUUCAAAUGGACAGGGACGGUGGCCUGUUAAAUCUGCCAAAUUCAUUCUGGACUUGCUUAAGAAUGCUGAGAGUAAUGCAGAGGUUAAAGGUUUAGAUGUGGAUUCGCUCUACAUAUCUCAUAUCCAGGUGAACCAAGCCAGGAAGCAGAGGCGUCGCACAUACCGUGCACAUGGAAGAAUUAAUGCUUACAUGUCAUCUCCAUGCCAUAUCGAGUUGAUUUUGUCAGAAAAGGAGGAGCCUGUGAAAAAAGAGGCCGAGACUCAGUUGGCUAGCAGGAAACCAGCAAAGACUAGAGCUGUCGCAGCUUAAGAUGCUUCAAGUCCCAUCUUUUUUUCACUAUCUGCCAUCUUUUUUCAAACUCUGUUUUGUUGUAUUGAGUAACUCUGCAUUGGUAUGAAUUAGACUGAGGAUAGCAAUUUGGUUAUGACAUCAAAUUUGGUCAGAUAUAAUUUGCCCGAUCUUCAUUUUUUCCCCCGGUCAA